ACUCAUCUCACUUUUAACAUGUUGAUAACACCAAACCUUUUAGAUUUCGAUUCUUUGUAUAUCUACACAACAACACCAGAGCAAUCGUAUUAUCAAUCUCUCAAAGCUUUAGAAUAUCUACCAACGAAAGAUGUUCAAGACCUAUUUCAAUAUUACGAAGAAAACGAAGAAGAAGUGGAAAUAAAAGAUAUCAUAGAUAACUUCAUUGAAGCAAAGAAUCCAACGGAUAUAAAAGUUUUUCUUACGAAAAAUGUUAAUGGCUUAGAUUUGUCUAAUAUUGAUAGCAAACGAAAGAACUUAAUAUUGUUUGACGACUGCGUAGCGCAAAGAAAUCAAGCUGUCCAACAAGAAUUCUUCACGAAAGGAAGACAUCACAACUGUCACUGUAUAUACCAAUCUCAAUCUUUUUACGGGAUGGAUUCUAUGUUCAUUAGAAAAAAUGCAAAAUGUUUUUCAUUAUUUGAAUUAAACGAUAAAGAUUCAUCUCAAAUCAUUCAGUCGAUAAAUCACGGAAUGGACAGAGAUGCAUUUAAAAAGGUUUGUAAAGCUUAA